AUGGCUUUACUACAAUAUCAUGCUCCGGUUGAUUAUGCCGCCCAAUUGGACGGCUUCAAGGACUUCUUGAAGCAUUUCAAGACCAUGCAGUCCACUGACGAGGCUGCUGCGACCGAGGCCCUGGAGGGUUUGAACAUCGACGGCAACCGCACCAGCGAUGAGUACGAUAUGAUGGACGAUAUUGAGGGAGGCGCUCAGACCCGGAGCGCGAGGAAGCAGCGCCAGGUUAAACUCAAGUAUAUGGAUAUUUUGCUGGACGUUGCCAACAGAGAUUCCACGCACAUCCUGAUUGAGCUGGAUGAUCUCGAGACUUUCGAAAAAUCUUUCCCCGAGGACCAGCAAACUUUGAAGUUGGUCGAGUCCGUUCAAAAGAACACCAAGCGCUAUAUCGAUGUCUUUUCACAGGCGGUUGAUGCGAUGAUGCCCGCAGGAACCAAGGAUAUCUCUUUCAAGGAUGAUGUGUUAGAUGUGAUCAUGUCCCAGCGUGACAAGCGCAAUGAAACGAUCGAGACCGCCGCCGAGGCUGACAUGGACGCCGCCGACGCCGCGAGCCUGUUCCCCCCGGAACUCACCCGCCGAUACACCCUUAACUUCAAGCCUCUCACCCCCUCCAGCUCCAGUAGCGACCUCGCUGGAAAGGCACUUGCGGUUCGAAAUGUGCGCGGCGAGCACCUGGGUAGCCUGAUUACUGUGCGCGGUAUCACAACUCGUGUUUCCGAUGUGAAGCCGGCAGUCCAGAUUAAUGCCUACACUUGCGACCGAUGUGGAUCCGAAGUUUUCCAGCCCGUCGUCACCAAGCAGUUCACUCCCCUUACUGAGUGCUUGUCCGAAGACUGCAAGAAGAACAACUCUAAGGGUCAGCUGUUCCUUUCUACCCGUGCUUCAAAGUUCGUUCCUUUCCAAGAGGUCAAGAUCCAGGAAAUGGCAGACCAAGUGCCUGUCGGUCACAUUCCCCGAACCCUGACUAUCCACUGCCACGGAGCUCUCACCCGCACCGUCAACCCUGGUGAUAUCGUGGAUAUCGCUGGUAUCUUCUUGCCCACUCCCUACACUGGUUUCCGCGCAAUCCGCGCUGGUCUCCUGACCGAUACCUACCUUGAGGCUCAGCACAUCACCCAGCACAAGAAGUCCUACCAAGACAUGGGUAUGGAUGCUCGCACUCUGCGCAAGAUUGAGCAGUAUCAGAACUCGGGCAACAUGUACGAGUUCCUUUCCCGCUCCAUUGCUCCCGAGAUCUUCGGUCACCUUGAUGUGAAGAAGGCACUCCUUCUGCUCUUGAUCGGUGGUGUUACCAAGGAGAUGGGUGACGGCAUGCACAUUCGUGGUGACAUCAACAUCUGCCUGAUGGGUGACCCUGGUGUGGCUAAAUCUCAAUUGCUUCGAUACAUCACCAAGGUUGCUCCCCGUGGUGUGUAUACUACUGGUCGUGGUAGCAGUGGUGUGGGUCUGACUGCCGCUGUCAUGAGAGACCCGGUGACCGACGAGAUGGUCCUGGAGGGAGGUGCUUUGGUUCUCGCUGAUAACGGUAUCUGCUGUAUUGAUGAGUUUGAUAAGAUGGAGGACUCCGACCGAACUGCCAUCCAUGAAGUCAUGGAGCAACAGACCAUUUCUAUCUCCAAGGCUGGUAUCAACACAACCCUUAACGCUCGUACCUCAAUCUUGGCCGCCGCCAACCCGCUGUAUGGCCGAUACAACCCUCGCAUCUCCCCCGUCGAAAACAUCAACCUUCCCGCUGCCCUGCUUUCCCGUUUCGAUGUCAUGUUCCUGCUCCUGGAUACCCCGUCUCGGGAUUCCGACGAGGAACUGGCCAACCACGUUACCUACGUCCACAUGCACAACAAGCACCCCGAGACUGAGGAUUCGGGCAUUAUGUUCACUCCCCAUGAAGUCCGCCAAUACAUUGCCAAGGCUCGCACCUUCCGACCCAUUGUUCCUUCCAGCGUCUCUGAGUACAUGGUUGGCGCGUACGUGGCCAUGCGCAAGCGACAGAAGAAGGAUGAGGCCAAGAAGCAGCAGUUCUCGCACGUCACUCCUCGUACUCUGCUCGGUAUCGUCCGUCUCUCGCAGGCCCUGGCCCGUCUCCGGUUCAGCGAAGAGGUUGUCCGCGAGGAUGUCGAUGAGGCCCUGCGCAUCAUCGAAGUCAGCCGGUCAUCUCUCGACAACGAUCGGGAGGCUGGUGCCGAUCACACUCCUACUAGCAAGAUCUACACGCUGAUCCGUAAUCUGUGGGAGAGCGGUGCUGCCGCCGUGGGAGAUGAUGAUGAGAACGCUAUGAGCAUCCGCCGUAUUCGCGAGCGUGUGUUGGCUAAGGGUUUCACCGAGGACCAGCUCACCACUGCCAUCCACGAGUACGCAGAGAUGAACGUCUGGCAAACUUCUGACAACGGUGCGCGUCUGAUGUUCGUCAACGCUGAUGACGAAAUGAUGGGUUAA